UCCCUUUCUCUCCUCCUCACACACAGUCAUGGCUGACAGAGCUCAGGAGCAGAGACACGGGUAAUUUUACACAUAUGGACGCUUGGCGGAUUUGAGAAGUUUGUGCUUCAGAUGAAUAUGAAGGCGACGGCGGUCUUAGACCGAAUUCGCUGGUUAAAUUGGUCGGGAGAGCAGAGGCUCUGAUGCUGGCACCAUCACUGUGAAAUAAACACAGGCUCAUUCAGAGAAUCUAGCAGGUCAACUAAAGCUCUACAGAAGCUGUCAAAAUGUCUAAAAGCAAGAGCUCUGAAUCUGUUAAGGUGGUGGUGCGUUGUCGCCCCAUGAAUGAGAAAGAGCGAGUCGCUAACUUCAAUAGGGUGGUAUCUGUGGAUGUGAAGUUAGGACAAGUGGCAGUGUGCAACCCUCGAGGUGCAUCUUCCCAUGAGCACCCAAAAGUGUUCACCUUUGAUUCAGUCUAUGACUGGAAUUCAAAGCAGAUGGAGCUCUACGACGAGACCUUCCGCCCAUUAGUGGAUUCUGUACUGUUUGGCUUCAAUGGGACCAUCUUUGCGUAUGGCCAGACUGGCACUGGAAAGACUUACACAAUGGAAGGGGUACGAAAUGACCCGGAAAGAAGGGGCGUGAUUCCAAACUCAUUUGAACACAUUUUCACGCACAUCUCCCGCUCUCAGAACCAGCAAUACUUGGUCAGGGCUUCAUAUUUGGAGAUUUAUCAAGAAGAGAUCAGAGACCUUUUGUCAAAGGACCAAGCACGCCGAUUGGAACUCAAAGAACGGCCAGACACGGGAGUCUAUGUUAAAGACCUCUCUUCGUUUGUCACUAAAAGUGUUCGUGAGAUUGAGCAUGUGAUGAAUGUGGGGAACCAGAACCGCUCAGUUGGUGCAACAAACAUGAAUGAACACAGUUCUCGCUCUCAUGCCAUCUUUGUCAUCACAAUUGAGUGCAGUGAGUUAGGUCCUGAUGGAGAGAACCAUAUCCGAGUUGGGAAGCUUAACCUUGUUGACCUGGCAGGAAGUGAAAGACAGACUAAAACUGGUGCUCAAGGUGAACGCUUAAAAGAAGCCACUAAAAUCAAUCUCUCCUUGUCAGCUUUGGGAAACGUCAUCUCAGCAUUGGUGGACGGAAGAAGCACCCAUAUCCCGUACCGUGACUCUAAGCUUACAAGACUUCUUCAAGACUCCUUGGGUGGAAACGCCCGAACGGUUAUGGUGGCCAACAUUGGACCAGCUUCCUACAAUGUAGAGGAGACUCUAACCACACUACGCUAUGCAAACCGCGCCAAAAACAUCAAGAACAAACCCCGUGUCAAUGAAGACCCCAAGGAUGCCCUUCUCCGGGAGUUUCAGGAGGAGAUUGCCCGCUUGAAAGAACAGUUGGAAAAAAGGUCUGGAAGGAAGAGGAGGAGAAGGAGGAGAAGAAGGGUUGGAGAAGGAGGAGAGGAGUUUGAUGAUGGGGAAGAUGAAGAGGAUGAUGAUGAUGAUGAUGAUGAUGCUGAAGAGGAAGGAGUGGAUGCAGAUAAGAACAUUGCAGAUUAUUGGCAUGAGCAACAGGAGAAGCUGGAGAAGGAGAGGAGAGCCAUCAUGGAGGACCACAGUCUGGUGGCAGAGGAGAAACAGCGGCUGCUGAAGGAGAAGGAGAGGAAGAUGACUGACCUGCACAAAGAGAAGGAGGCAUCAGAGAUGCUGACAGCCAAAGUUAAGGCCAUGGAGAGCAAACUGCUGGUUGGAGGAAAGAACAUCGUGGACCAUACCAACGAGCAGCAGAAGGUUCUGGAGCUGAAGAGACAGGAGAUUGCAGAACAGAAAAGGCGGGAAAGGGAGAUGAAGCAGGAGAUGGAGUGUCGUGAUGAGGAGACACUGGAGCUGAAAGAGACAUACAGUUCACUGCAGCAGGAAGUUGACAUCAAGACCAAGAAACUGAAAAAGCUCUUUUCCAAGCUUCAGUCUGUGAAGUCAGAGAUUCAGGAUGCCCAGGAUGAACACGUGAAAUACAGACAGGAACUGGAACAGACUCAGAACGAACUGACCAGAGAGCUUAAACUCAAACACUUGAUCAUAGAGAACUUCAUCCCAAUGGAGGAGAAGAACAAGAUUGUGACUAGAGCCACAUUUGAUGAAGAAGAUGAUCUCUGGAAAAUGACCCCCAUCACCCGUAUUCAAAACAGUGAUCAUCAGAUGAUGAAAAGGCCUGUUUCUGCAGUGGGCUACAGACGGCCUCUGAGUCAGCAUGCCCGUAUGGCCAUGUUGAUGCGGCCUGAUGUCAGAUACAAGGCUGAGAAUAUCUUGCUGCUGGAGCUAGAUUUGCCCUCCCGGACCACAAAAGACUACGAGGGGCCAGUGAUCGCACCUAAAGUAGCUGCAGCUCUGGAGGACGCUCUGAGGGAGGAGGACGAGAUCCAGGUGGACGCCUCUGGUUUUCAUGCCAGCCUGGGCUCCAGUCCAGGCCUCAGUGCCUCAGCUGCUGGCUUUUCCAAGAAACCAAAGUCAGGCCGUCCAAAAACAGGCAAGAAGGCGAGCACUCCAACUUCAGCUCACAGCCCUCUGUCCGGCUCAGGGUCUCCUCUUUACCCACAAUCCCGAGGCCUUGUGCCAAAGUGACACCAGCCCUCUGUGAAAACCUUCACUGCCCCACACAAACUGACCUGCUUUGGCAUUAUUGUCCAGGCAUGAAACGUUGCAUUAAAGACGGUGGAGUAGAGUCUUGUUGAGUUAUUUAAACCCAUCAACUUAAUGCUUGAGCUUUCAAACUACCUUAUUUGUUGAUGUCCUAUUGACAUCCCAUUUUUAUUGCACAAAAAAUGACAUUUGGCAACCUUCAAAGUCUUACAGUUGAACAACGAAGCUUCGCAGAUGUAAGCGAAAUGUUCUAAUGUUACAUUUUUUGUGUGUGUGAGCUCAUCGAGACAGCAGAUGGUCUCGGGAUUGUGAUAUGUUAUUGUGGGGAUGUAAUUGUGUGUUUGUAUUUACGUUUUCCAAUUCUAGGAUUAACAAAUUUCUUACACGGAGAUAGCUGAGGUUGAGAUUUAUGCUGGUUCGGGCCACAAAAGCACUGUAUUGUUUGACUAGAGUGAGUAAGCACAUUACGUCAUUGGCCAUGACCCAAAACAGCCUGUAAGCCUUUCCGGAAGAAUCUCUGAGUCUCUUUGGCUAAAAACAGGUUCUUGAACAUCAUUUUCAGCGCUGUAUUCAGUAGAGGGGUUUAAAAGUCAUCACACAUUAAGAAUAUCAGGAUUCCAAGGUGCCUUAGAUUCUCAUCGAGUGUUGAAGUGGGUUUCAUGCUGGUCUGAGAGUCCCUUGACCUGAUUACUGGAUCCAGAAUUCCACGUCAAAGCUCCUGUUGAUGUUUUCUGAAAGGAACACUUCGCUUUGUUUGGAAAUAGGCUCAUUUAUGUCUCUAGAGUUAAACAGCUAAGUUUGAACAUUUUUGCAUCCAUUUAGCCUGGUCUGGUGGUAGCAUUUUUACCAUAGCUUAGCAUAAAUCAUUGAAUCGGAUUAGACCAUUAGCAUCUAGCACAAAAACAAAACAAGUUUCAAUAAUUAUUCUAUUUUAAGCUUGACUCUUCUGCAGUACAAAGACAGAAAGGAAAUUAAGUGCUAUAUUCUAAGUGAAUAGGGCUAGGAACUGUACUGACAUUUUGGAGUAACAAUCAAGAAACUUUGCUGUCAUAACUGGCACAAUGACAAUAACGCAGUGCUGUUACCUAGUUGCCUAACUGGGGACUUUUCAGGUGCUGUUUAAUAUCAUAUUGACCUAGAAAAUGGCAUCUUUAAAUUUUCCGUCAAUCUAGAACACAAGAGUCAAGUCAUCUUUUAAACAGGAAAAUAAUCCAAACAUUUUUGAGUGUGAUGCUAAUGGUCUAAUUGGAUUCAAUGAUCAAUGCUAAGCUAAGCUAAAAGUUCUCCUGAAAGAUCUGGAGAUCGGUGGAAUGGAUUCAAACAUGGUAAAACUCAACUGUUUAACUCCAGGGGACUGAAUAAAAUGAUAAAAUUUGCCUAUUUCCCCAAAAGUUGAAUGUUCUUUUAAAGCAGCGCAACAUACGCUGAAUGUGUUAUGUUGGUCAGGCUCGUGUUUAAUGUUCAAAUGUGACACGCAGACCUGUAAGCUGUGGAUGCUUGUUUCUACCAUUGAAUAGACACAGAAAAAUGGUAAUUGUGAUGUUUUAUCUUAUAAGUUCAUCUAAAAAGUAAUUUUUUAUUUAUUUUUUUUUAACUUAAGAUUGAGAGAUUAUAUUUGGCAGGUUAGAGAUAAAAACUUGCAAUUCAGUGAAAAAAAAAAGUGGAAUUGGAAGAUAUUAGCUGAGAAUUACAAGCAGUAGCUUGCAAGUAGCAAUAUUCAGAAUUGCUAGAUUAAGAACUUUUAAUUUACAACUUUCUAUUCCGUCUUUUUAUUCUGAAUUACCUGGUUGCCUUAAAUUUUUAAGAUGAAUCAAAUUAACUUUAUGAGUCCAGAGAACUUUAUAUUAUGGUAAACUGACUUAAAACAGAUUGCACAACUUAAAAAAUUAAGUUAGAACAUGAUUAACUUAGUUUAAUAAGUUACAAUGAAUUAAAAACAUAUGUUGGCAGGACUAAUCAAUUAAUCACUAUUUUGCUUUAUGCAGUUUAAAAAUAUAAAGUCAAAACUCAAAGUCAAAAAAGGUAAAUAUUAAAUCUUGAAAAGGCUUAAAAUGAAGAAUUCUGAAAAUUUUUUCCCCUUAGAGUUCCACAAAUAUUUUUCUUGCAAAUUCUCACAAUCUAGGCUCUCAAAAAUGUUGAGAAAUUAUAUAUUUUUUUCAGCUGGAUUGAGGGAAAAUUUGGCUUUUUACAUGUCAAAAAUCACAAGAAAGAAUAUUUGUUUUUGCUGUACUGAAGGGACAAUUUGAGAAUUGUGAUUCUCUGCAAACUCACAGUUAUCUUUUUUGCUGUUCUAUGGUGGAAAUGUGCUUUCAUAGUAAACGGGUUUGACUAAAGUCUUAUUUCUGUCUGUUGAACUUGACUACCCCUCCUUGAGCUAGUGAACCAUUGCCUGCUGCUACUGUAGGGUUCUGUUAGCCCUCGUGACAUAGCAUAUGGUUUAUGAGAGACAUGUUAGUAAAUAAAUCUGCAUUAUCAUUGCAGUUGUAUUAAAAUAAUAGUAAAUGCAGUCUUAUAGGAACAUUUAAGAUGCUUAACUUAUUACCAUACUAGUCGGUUUUAUAUUAAAACAAUUGUAGAUAGUUUAUAACGGUCUUAUUUUCUUUGCUUAGAUUUAUAUGGUUUAUUUUUUUGAAUAUGUAUUAUUUAAAGUUGUGUACAAAUUUAUUUUUGCAGAUGAGAUUUAAAUAUCAUUUUCACUCAAGUCACUGUUACGCCAAUCGGUAAAUGUACAGCUUUUGGAUUGUCAGAAUGUGUACUGUAAAUCCUAAUGCUGGUAUUCCCAUUGAAGUUUUUCCUCAUUUAAAUGUGCAUCAUCUAAUCAAUAUUCAUGUCAAUGUUAUUAUUGCAUACACCUCUAGUCGCUAUUAUUUUUUUUAGUUUUAGCAUGACAUUAAACAUCUAAAGCAUUUAAAGACUCAACGGAACUAUGUCUGCAGUCUAAUUCUACACGGUUAUCAUCUUCCCAUGUCAUGCAUGAUUUUAGUGCUGAUAAACAUUCACGCUGAAAACACACUUUUAAAGUUCACACAGA